CGCGUUAAAAAUAACCUGUGUCGAUAUAGGUAUAUAAAGAAUUGCAGUGGGUCAUUUAAUCAUUCUUAUACAUUUACUGAUCAUAUAAGACAGGCCUAGGUAAAAAUAAUUUUAAAAUUACAGGAAAAUGGGUUUACUUCUGUCUAGACUAUACUCUGUAUUUGAGUCUUUUAGUUCCGAGACACCAGCUAGAAUCCUUAUGCUGGGCUUAGAUGCUGCGGGGAAAACAUCGAUUUUAUAUAAAGUGAAACUAAAUGAAAACGUGCACACCAUUCCGACCAUUGGGUUUAACGUAGAGACGGUGGAGCCGGUAAAAGGCGUGUCCUUUACGGUGUGGGACGUCGGCGGACAAGACAAAAUCAGACCUCUUUGGCGCUUCUACUAUCAGAAUACUGAAGGACUAAUAUACGUGGUGGACAGCAGUGAUAGGGAACGAAUCGCCGAAUCACGUGAGGAGCUGUUUGGGAUUCUGGACAGUGACGAAAUGAGGGAAGUUCCCGUGGUAGUGAUUGCCAACAAACAAGAUUUACCAAAUGCACUAAAACCCUCAGAAGUUGCGGAUUUGAUGACUUUGCGUAAACUUACGUCGCGGAAAUGGUACAUCCAGGCUGCGUGCGCAACAACGGGGGAAGGAAUCUUUGAAGCUAUGAGUGAAAUGGCGAACAUGGUCAAAGAGUAUCAAUCGAAAUCUCAUUGAUCAUUCACCGACUAACACAAGGACACUGGCCCUUGUCCUACUUCCAUAGAGAAUUACUGGUACAUGUCCAGUGAUUGCAUUUGUCGGUGAUUUUACUGUUGUUGGAUUUUUCACCGUUCCUUCCAAACUAUAUCCACGCAUCGAGUGGCACGUGCAUGGAUAAAAACAGAACGUUCAUGUGUUUUUUGUACGGGUUCUAUCACUGCAAAAUAUGCGUUAUGAAGAGGAUGAACUUAAAUGUCCACCAUUUCAACUUACUCAUAUUUUUACUGAUUCAUUGGGAAUGUACAAUGUACACUGAAGAGACGAUCAGUUCAUCACCAGCAUGAAAUGCUAAAUAAUUCAAGGAAGACCCUUGACUCCGAGUUCCCAAAGUCGUUUACAGCCUCAUGUGGAAAAUUGUCGAUUCUGUGGUGUUUUCUUACGUUGACGAAACCUCUUAAUGUUAAAACACUCUAUAAACGAUACACAGAGUCGGUGACAUUUCAGGAUGGAGUCCAGUGAUAUAGGAAUUCUGCCGCAUGCUAUUGUCGAACAAAUGAAGCAAAAAUGAUAAUUGCCAAAUAAACUUAUAAUAGAUUCAUUUCAUUCAGAUAUUCAUUUUUCACUCAUGUACAUUGAAUUAUUUGUACAAUGUUUCCCUUAUCAUUUAUUUGAAAAUUUUGAAAAUAUUUUUACUAGUCUUAUAAAUGUUAUGCAUAAUAAAAUGUGAAAUAAAUAAAAUUAAUGAAACAAUGCACAU